AGGAUUUUUGCGUGACGCGCCGCACAUUUCCACGCUCAAGUCACUUUUGAUAUAUCUGCACGUGGACGUGGAGAUGGGCGAACGCCAGGAUUUUGUGCGUACGCACACUUUGUACAUGAGGCCGCUGGUCACUGAGCAUUCAUCAGUCAUUUCUCUUUUCAUUUCAGCUUUUCAGUCAAAUCAAACUGCUGAUGGAAAUCACACAGAGGAGAGCAAAGGUGACUUUUACGUGGCGAGGCGAGCUGACGGAUGCAGCUGGACUCUCAGGGUGUCCGGAAACAGCAGUUCGGUGGUGCCCCUGACAGCGGGCACCAGAGAAGCCCUGGUCCAACAGAUCUGUCAGGACCUGAACUGUGGCAGCGUUUUUCACGUAGACGAAAUCCACGUAUCUGCCAGUGAUGUCUGCUUCCACGGCUGUUUACACCACGACGGGUGGCUCCAGAACUGCUCGCAGAGUCUGCAGAGUAACUGCAGCGUGAUUACUGAAGCUGUGUGUGGCCACCAGGCGCUGCAGCUGGUGGGAGGAGCGGACAGAUGUGCUGGACGGGUGGAGCUCUGGAGGAACGGGGAAUGGGGCACAGUGUGCGAUGACCAGUGGGACCUGCGGGAUGCCAACAUUGUUUGCGCCCAGCUCGGGUGUGGUUACGCCCUCAGUGUGGCCGGACAGGGCGGCUCCUUCCCCGCUGGCAAAGGGCCCAUCCACCGGGAUGAGCUGAACUGUACUGGGUCCGAGAAGAACCUGUGGGCCUGUUCUGCUGCAGAGGGCGACCAUGACUGUGGACACAAAGAAGAUGCUGGGGUCGUGUGCUCAGAGAUGAAAGCCAUCAGACUGAGUGGAGGUCUGGACCGCUGCGCUGGUAAGGUGGAGAUCCACCGGAACGGCAGCUGGGGGACGGUUUGUGAUAACGGCUGGAAUGAAGACAUGGCCUCCAUGGUGUGCUCCAUGCUGCAGUGUGGCACCAAACCGAGGAAAUACACUCAGUUCCAACCUCGUCUCACUCACAACAACGGGACCCUGUGGUUCUACAAUUGCGAUGAGGAACCAACCCUGUGGCAGUGCGGGGAGUUUGCUAAUCGAACAAACCUGUGUACGACCUCAAACGCCGCCGGGCUCAUCUGCAGUGGUUCGCUUGGGUUUCCUCCAGCCACCACACCUGAUGCACCUUCACACACCAACUGGACAACCGCAUCCAUCCUGGCAGGCAACACCACAGCUGUCUCUUCUGAAGGUGUCCAGAUGGACACUUUGUCUACGGAGCUGCUGGUCUGCUGUCUUUUGUCUGUCCUGCUGUUUGUAUUUCUGACCUCGACCAUUGUGCUGUGCUGCCAUUACAGACGACAACACGCACUGUUGCUGCAGCAGAUUCGCUGCAGUCCGUCGGUCACCUCUGGACUUCAGUCCAAAAACCACCAUAACGCUGUGGAUCUCAUCAAGGUCACCACCAACCCAGAGAAGACAGAUGUCCCCUCCAACCCCAGGUAUCUUUGGACCCAGCUUAGUAGUGUUGACAGCACGUCAGUAGAUACAGACUAUGAGCAGUUUGACCCACGAAAUGACCCGUCUGUGCUUUUAUCCACCUUUCGGAAUUCGAAGCGGUACAGGACAGAUGCAAACCCUCUGAUGGGACCUUCAUGUCUCAUUAGCCUCUCUGAGGAAGGUGCUGUACCAAAAAAUGAAAUGACGCCAGUUCUUACAAAUGUCACCGGCUUUCUCCCUGCAGCUGUAUAUGGAAAAGUGUUGGAAAAGCACAGCUGCAGCUGCAGCGAUGAGGACUCGUUUGAAUCCUCCAGUACUUCUUCGGGGGAAGGCUAUGAAAACACAUCGAAUAUGGAUGCAGCAGUCGCUCCUGAUUCCUGCAUUAUUUAUCCAUGUGACCCAAACUCAUCACAUCUACACAACUCAGGUGAUGACCACCUGUACACCACUGUAGGUACGGACUGCAAGUCGUCAUCAUCUGACGACGACUAUGAUGACAUAGACAACUAACGCAGAUGAUGGAGGCGACCUGAACCAAGGCUGCCCCAGACUGAACCUUGACGACCACUCACGGUUCCCUGCAAAGAAGAGAACUCUAUUGUGAAACCCGAAACGUGGCUCGCAAUAUGUAAACAGCUGGAACGUGACUUAGAUACUUUUGGUAGAAUGUGCGGUUACUCUCUCAGUUGCGAUUUAAAAAACAAAAUAAAACUAGAAGCACUCAGAGUGCAAACCUCCGCCAAGGCCAUGGGGUCACUGACGCCAUAAGAUCUACACGCCGUGGAAUCAUUGAACCUAAAAAAG